AUGAACGAAAACCAAAUUAUCGAUCUAAAUAAUACCGCUAACCAUUUAAUCGAAGGCAUGGAAUCGCUUACUGAGCAAAAUGAAGAAAACCAAAUAAUUUAUGAUACUCAAAAAGGUAUACUUAAGCCCGACGAACCCGAAGAGGGUUCGCAUAAAUCUGAAGAGGGAUUGCUUGAAUCUGAAGUAAACUUCGCAGAAACGCAAACAUGUUACACAAAUGUUGUUUUCGCAAUAAUUACCCCUGCACAACACGAAGGACUUUACCAGGUAGAUUCCGUUUUUAGUGAUACACUAAAUAUAAUAAAUGUUUUGUUAGAAUCUAAAGUUCGGCAAAAAUCCCAUAAAUUACCAAAAGCGUCUAAGGAUGCCGAAGCAUUGGGAUAUACCUCUAGUCCGGUAACCGGAUAUAUUGACGAUCCUAAACUAAAGCACAUGCAAUAUUGCAACUAA